GAAGAUGGUGGAGGACGGCGCGGAGGAGCUGGAGGACCUGGUGCACUUCUCCGUGUCCGAGUUGCCCAGUCGCGGCUACGGCGUCAUGGAGGAGAUCCGCCGGCAGGGCAAGCUGUGCGACGUGACGCUCAAGAUUGGGGACCACAAGUUCAGCGCUCACCGGAUCGUCUUAGCGGCCUCCAUCCCGUACUUCCACGCGAUGUUCACCAAUGACAUGAUGGAGUGCAAGCAGGACGAGAUUGUGAUGCAGGGAAUGGACCCCAGCGCCCUGGAGGCUCUCAUCAACUUUGCCUACAACGGCCACCUCGCUAUCGACCAGCAGAACGUCCAGUCGUUGCUGAUGGGGGCGAGCUUCCUGCAGCUGCAGAGCAUCAAAGACGCCUGCUGCGCCUUCCUCCAGGAGCGGCUUCACCCCAAGAAUUGCCUGGGGGUGCGCCAGUUUGCGGAGACGAUGAUGUGCGCUGUGCUGUACGAGGCGGCCAACAGCUUCGUGCACCAGCACUUCGCGGAGGUGUCCGUGUCCGAGGAGUUCCUGGGCCUGCCCCUGGAGGACGUGCUGGAGCUGGUGUCGCGGGACGAGCUGAACGUCACGUCCGAGGAGCAGGUCUUCGAAGCCGCGCUGGCCUGGGUCAGGUACGACCGGGAGCAGCGGGGGCCCUGCCUGCCCGAGCUGCUGUCCAACAUCCGGCUGCCCCUCUGCCGGCCCCAGUUCCUGUCGGACCGCGUGCAGCAGGAGGACCUGGUGCGAUGCUGCCACAAGUGCCGGGACCUGGUGGACGAAGCGAAGGACUACCACCUCAUGCCAGAGCGCCGGCCCCACCUGCCGGCUUUCCGGACGCGGCCUCGCUGCUGCACGUCCAUCGCCGGGCUCAUCUACGCCGUGGGAGGCCUCAACUCAGCAGCAAAUUUUUACGCAGGUGACUCCCUGAACGUGGUGGAAGUGUUCGACCCCCUCGCCAACCGCUGGGAGAAGUGCCAUCCCAUGACGACCGCCCGCAGCCGCGUCGGCGUGGCCGUGGUGAACGGGCUGCUCUACGCCAUCGGGGGCUACGACGGGCAGCUGCGGCUGAGCACCGUGGAGGUCUACAACCCGGAGACGGACACGUGGGCCCGGGCGGGGAGCAUGAACAGCAAGAGAAGCGCCAUGGGGACGGUCGUGCUGGACGGGCAGAUCUACGUCUGUGGGGGCUACGACGGCAACUCUUCCCUCAACUCCGUGGAGACCUACUCGCCCGAGACGGACAAGUGGACGGUGGUGACCCCGAUGAGCUCCAGCCGCAGUGCUGCGGGGGUCACGGUCUUCGAGGGCAGGAUCUACGUGUCCGGCGGCCACGACGGUCUGCAGAUCUUCAACAGCGUGGAGCACUACAACCAGCACACGGCCACCUGGCACCCCGCGGCCGGCAUGCUCAACAAGCGCUGCCGGCACGGGGCGGCCGCCCUGGGCAGCCGGCUGUUCGUGUGCGGCGGCUACGACGGCUCCGGCUUCCUCAGCAGCGCCGAGGUGUACAGCGCGGAGGCCGGCCAGUGGAGCCUCGUGGCACCCAUGCUCUCCCGUCGCAGCCGCGUGUCCCUGGUGGCCAGCUGCGGGCGGCUCUACGCCGUGGGCGGCUACGACGGGCAGUCCAACCUCAGCUCCAUGGAGGUGUACGACCCGGAGGCGGACGGCUGGACGCUCACCGCCCCCAUGGCCUGCCACGAGGGCGGGGUGGGGGUGGGCUGCGUCCCUCUCCCGGCCGUCUGAGCGCGGGGGGGCGUGGCGGGUCGGGAGCAGGUGCCAGCUGCACGUCCUCCAGGGGCACCCCGCCCGGAGAGGCGGGGCCAGCAGGCGGGGCCGGGGAGCCGAGGGGCGGUUCCCGGGCGCCGGGCCUCCCUCGGCGUGCUGCCCGCGCCCUCCGAGUGAGUCCAGGGCCCCAGGAUGCACGGCCUGGCCAGGUGCCUCGCCUCACAGCUGGUGCCGGCGGCUGCUGUGGUCACACGCACAGGCCCAUCCAUCUCCCGGCCUCGGCUCCGAGCCAGCCUGGCAGGAGGCCUCCACCUGCGGGGCAGCCACACAUGGAGGCGGGGGUGGCCGGGGGAGGAGGACGCCGGAGUUCUCGCCGCCGUGGAGACGCGGCCGGCGGGGGCUCGCUCCAGGCGCCUCCGUCCGUCUGUCCGUCCGGGCAGAGGCCUGGUCCUGCUGAGCGGAGAGCACAGCGAUCCUGUCUGCUGUUGGGUUCCGGUGGGUCUUCUCAUCUUAUUCAGGAGAAACGGGAGGAAAAAAAGAUACUUGAAAGAAACUGGAAAGAAAAAUAACUAUUUCUUAAGUGAACAUUUUUUACAAGAAGAAAACAUUAAAAAAGAGACACUAAAAGGAAAUCGUGUUUAA